AUGGGUUGCUGUGGUUCCACAUCGCAGAAGUGUGAGCAGCCCACGGCCAAGGAGGAGAAGGUUGCAGAAAAGGCGCCUGCUGCAUGUGCAUUGCUAUGUCAUCAGUUGUGUAACAUGCUUCAGACAAUGAUCAACCUGGUAGAAUUUCACCAGCAAGAUUCCGUUUUCCUUGCUUGGUCACUCUCUACUAGUGCAGCUCAGUGCUUCAGAAUACAAAAAAAACAUGAAGACAUGUCCGCUAAAUGCCUUAUUGAAAUCGGAUCCCCACGCUCAGAGCACGCCUUCUAUAUAGAUUUGUUCAAAACAAAAUUCAGUCGCGUGGAGGAUUGA